AUGAUUAAAAAAUUAGAAUUUUAUGGUAUCAAAAACACUGCUCUCCGCUGGUUCACCUCAUAUCUUAGUCAUAGAAAACAAGUAUGCAAAGUUGGGGUAACAAUUUCAAAAAUUGAGAAAAUCACAACAGGUGUGCCGAAGGGAUCAAAUCUUGGUCCUCUUCUGUUUUUGCUCUACAUUAACGAUUUGUCGAAUUGUCUUGACUCCUCAAGCCCCGCACUUUUUGCCGAUGAUAUGUGAGAUACAGGAAAAGUUCGAAAAUGAUUUAAAUAAUGUUCACAUGUGGCUAUUAGCCAAUAAGUUAACCCCAAAUGUUAACAAAACUGAGCAUAUGUUAAUUAGAUGAAGACAGGCAGUCCCAAAUCAUAGUUAAUACUAAAACAAACAUGGUUUGGAAAGCCGUCAGACUUCAAAGUAAUUGACAUUACUUAUAUAAUUUUUGUUGGAAAGGACAUGAAGGUGCACAAUUCGUUUGUCUUAGGUUCAUUAAUAUUUAAAUGGUAUGCCUGAAAGACUGGACCCAAACGUUGCUAUUGGAUGAUUGCUUCAUUAUACUGAAAAUACCAUACGUUCAGUAACCGUGAAAGUGCGUCAACCCAAACAAAAACAUAGAACAAUGACUUUUAUCUAGCUUCCAAACCAUGCUUAUUUUCUAUUAACCAUGCCCAAAUAAAUACUAAACCUAUUCUACCAAUAGGAUCUGAAAGCAUCAAACGUGUUUCGUCUACCAAAUCCCUUGCAGUUAUAGUAGAUGAAUGCAAAAGACCACAUUGAUAAGGUAGCAAAAAAGCCUCGAAAGGGAUUGGAAUACUGAGACGAUAUAAAGACUUACUUGACAAAGAUACUCUUAAAACUAUUUAUAGCGCUUUUGUUUUACCGCAUUUUGACUAUUGUGCGUUGGUAUGGGAUAAUUGUUCCAAAACCUUGCAAAACAAACUACAAAAGCUACAAAAUAAAGCAGGUCGAAUAAUCACAGGUGAUUGCUACGAAACACCUUCUGAUGCCGUCAGAACCAAACGGGUAGGACACCUUACAGGAAAGGAGAGAGAAACAAUUAGAAACUAUAACGAUACAAAUAAUGAAAGGAAAUUCAAUUGAUUACCUCCGGGAGUUUUUUACAAUCUCUUCUAAUCAAACGUAUCAAUUAAGAAGUAACAACCACGUUCUCUAUACUUGCCCAAACCCAACACCAACGCUCUAAAGCGUAGCUUUAGUUACAAAGGUACUGCAGCUUGGAACGAUAUUGAACUUCAUAGAAAGAUUUUAAAUGUAUAAAUUUUAUACAGAUUACUUUUUAACAUUUUUAACAUUAUACUUUUAAAUUAUGUACAUAAUUAUUUCCUAUAUUUGAAACACACGGCCAUCUGAAAAUCAACCUUAAGCUUUUUAUUAUAUCAAAAAUUUAUUAUAACUUUUACAAAUUUUAGGGCUAUGGUUGAGAUGUUACCGUGUCUCGGUUCGUAAGGUCUGUUGCAAGUUGUUGACAACAGCAUUGCUGCAGCUCUGUGUCAACAACUUGCGACAGGCCUGUUCACAAGCCGUUGCGGGCCUGUUAGAACAGACAGGUACAAGGCGAGCGAACGCAUCCAGAUAUCGGCUUGUUGACAACAAGUUGUAACAGAUCUGCUGCAGAUCUGUUUCGAAUUGCACGAAGUUGGCUGUGUAGCUACGGCCCUGCCCUUUGGCUAGAAAUCCUGGCUAUCUCACUGCUUCAAAUGUUAUUCAGUAUCGCAAACAAAUUGUAAGUCUUCAAAUUAAAUAACUACUCAUUGUAUUGGUUGCAUUUCUAGAAGUGGCCGAGUCACCUUCUUCAUCAAACAAUAACACUUAUAUCGUUAUUGGGGCCGUGGUGUCAGCGGUAGUUGUCCUAGUAACGCUAGUCUUGAUCGUUGCUUGCUUUUUCUAUCGACGAAUACCUAAAAGAGAGAACGAGCGAGAUACUGGACGUAACAUUCAAAAUCCUGCUUAUCGCGGCACACAACCAGACGGAAGCCCAGACGAGCAUGCACAACAAAGCAGUUUCAUGGGAGCUCCCAUCGAUGCAAAUUAUCAAUGUUUGAACACCAGUGAUCAGAUGCAACCUGACAGAAGUCACACCUAUGAAAAUGUUCGGCGGUAUGCUUUAUUGAACAUGCGUAACAAUUCUGUAAACGAAGUUCUUGAAGAAAAUGUGUACGAAGUAAUCCACUAA